AUAGGAUACAGGACGGUACAAAGAGAUCUACUCCAUCCCCCAUUCAGCCUCUCCACAGUAACCCUCACAGUGCUCAGAGCUGGAGAGGAGAUGCGCUUAUAUGAAGGCGUCCGGAAUAUAUAUUUAAUUACCAAUUAUCUAAGGAUUUAUUUUAAUUGGAGUGUACAUUCUGGCGAUGGCUUUGAACGCUGGGUUGUGUUGACGAACACCUUGAUGGGAAAAAACGUAUUCUAACGGAUCGGUGAUAACAAAGAGAAUGGGAUACCGAGACUGGAGAUGGCAGGCGCUUUGGUGGCAUUAUUUCUUUCUCUUCUGGAGUACAAUAGACGGACAGACUCGUUACACUAUCCCGGAGGAACUAAAACAGGGCUCUGUGGUUGGAAAUCUAGCCAAAGAUCUGGGUUUGGGACUAUCUGAGAUUUUUGACCGUAAGCUGCGUGUCGCCUCUGAGGCUGGUGAGCAGUAUUUCAGUGUGGAUGCGGGGAAGGGCGAGCUGGUGGUGAAUGACAGAAUAGACAGAGAGGCUUUAUGCGGACAAAGCGCCAGCUGUUUAUUGCCUUUACAGGUUGUAACGGAGAAUCCGCUACAGCUACACCGGAUAGAAGUAGAAAUAAGGGACAUGAACGACAAUUCUCCGAUUUUUAUAACAGAGGAACGAUCCUUAAAAAUAGCAGAAUCUACUGCCACAGGCAUCCGCUUCCCUUUAGACACUGCACAUGAUCAGGACGUCGGUAGUAAUUCAGUUAAAUCUUAUACUCUAAGUAAAAACGAGUGUUUUAGUUUGAAAAUGAAAGAGCUAUCUGGUGACAGACAAGUUCCAGAACUAGUACUAGAAAAAUCACUUGACAGAGAGAAACAAAGUGUCCAUCAGUUAUUACUGACCGCAUUAGACGGAGGCAAUCCUGUUAAAACUGGAACCACUAAAAUCAUAGUUACUGUACUCGACAACAACGACAAUGUCCCUGUUUUCAAAAUGCCGUUGUAUAAUGUAACUGUACGUGAAAAUAGUGUCGCUGGUUCUGUACUUGUAAAAGUUGAAGCAACAGACGCAGACGAGGGUGUUAAUGGAGAGAUUGAAUACGCAUUUGCUGACCACACACCCCUAUCGCUGUUAUCUAUUUUUCAGUUGGAUUCGGGUACAGGUGAGAUAUCCUUAGUAGGACCGUUAGAUUAUGAAAGAACUGCAGUACAUGAAAUACGUAUUACUGCAAAAGAUAAAGGAGUUCCUGAGAUGGAGGGCCACUGUCGUGUGCAAGUAGUAGUGAUAGACAUUAAUGACAAUUCCCCAGAAAUAGUUCUCACUUCAAAACCAAACCCGGUGCGUGAGGAUGCACCAAGAGGCACAGUUGUCGCCUUAAUCAGUGCACGAGACCUUGAUUCCAGUAAUAACGGCAAGGUGACGUUAAAACUCGGAAAGGGUUUACCCUUCAGUUUAAAACCAUCAUUUUCUAAUAACUACGCACUGGUUACGAAUGGUUUAUUAGACCGAGAAAGUUUCUCAGAGUAUAAUAUUGAGGUAACAGCCACUGAUUCAGGCUCUCCUCCUCUCUCUAGUAAGAAAAUUAUACCUGUCAGCAUCACUGAUGUGAAUGACAACCCUCCUGUCUUCACUCAGCCCUCCUAUAAUGUAUAUUUAAAAGAGAACGGGGUACCAGGGUCUAUACUGUACUCAGUAUCAGCAUCUGACCUGGAUUUUGGUGAAAACGCCAAAAUCUCUUACUCUAUACUGGACUCUAAAGUGCAGGACGUGUCUGUCUCAUCUUAUGUUUACAUUAACUCAGAUAACGGCAGCAUCUACAGCAUGCACUCGUUUGACUAUGAGAAACUGAAGGUGUUUCAGAUUCAGGUUCAGGCAAAGGACCAGGGCUCUCCGUCUCUCAGCAGCAACGCCACCGUCCAUGUUUUUAUCCUGGACCAGAACGACAAUGCCCCCGCUGUUAUUUACCCCUCCUCCGCUGCCCUGGGCUCCCUCUCUCACCAGAGGAUGCCCCGCUCCGCUAAAGCGGGUCACCUGGUCACAAAGGUGACGGCUGUGGACGCUGACUCGGGCCAUAACGCCUGGAUCUCCUACAGACUGGCGGAGGCCACAGACGCCUCUCUGUUCACUGUCAAUCUGUACACAGGGGAGGUGAGGACUAAACGCGCUGCGUCCGAGCAGGACGACUCCUCUCAGAGGCUGCUUAUAGAGAUCAAGGACGACGGGGAACCGGUCCAGUCCUCCACCGUCACGGUGUCCAUCCUGCUGGAGGACGGCCUCCAUGAGCCCAUCUUAGACCUCCGACAGAAAGCGGCCGAGCCCAGCAAGAAAACUGGGAGAAUCACCCUUUAUCUGAUUCUCUCUCUGGCCUCGGUGUCCGUGCUGUCUCUGCUGACUUUUCUCAUCUUAGCGGUUAAAUGCAUCAGGAACAGCAGAAGCAGCGGUAGUUGCUGCACGAGACGGAGCGACUGUGAUGAUUACAAGAACCCCAACAGAAACCUGCAGAUACAACUCAAUACUGACGGACCUAUAAAAUACGUGGAGGUCCUGGGAGGAGACAUGUUGUCUCAGAGUCAGUCCUUCAGGUCCUGUAUGUCUCCGAUGUCAGAGUACAGUGAUUUCACUUUGAUUAAACCCAGCAGCACCACUGACUUUAAGGAGGUGAUCAGUGUUCUGGAUGCGUCUUUACCCGACAGCACCUGGACCUUUGAGAGCCAGCAGGUGAGCAGAAAACAACAGAACUGCUUUACACAUUUCCAGUCAUUAUUGGCAUAAUGCAUUUAGUUUUUAAUCGUUAAAACUGUGUUGAUUAUUGAGUAUGGACGUAUGGUGUUUGGUCUUAAUUUAAAGAUGUUUCUAUUGGCAGUUUCAGAUGUAUGAUUUGAUCAUAGCAUAAAUAAACAAUAAUUGUAUUCAAAAUUAGGCUCAAUUCAUGAAAUUAUGAUGCCUAUCUUUUAAUAAUGGCCAGUAUCCCCAUUUAAACUCCUGAUGCAAUAAGCGUUUAAAAAACGCUGGUGCAUUCAUUUUUUAAAUGUUGUGUUAUCGAGAAAUUUCAGUUUUUGGAAUACAGUUUUCCAAAGGAGGAAUACUGAAUAACAGUUUUUAACUAUCACAUUUUAUCUAAUUAAAGUUUGCACAUAAGGAAUUUCCAUUCUAUAAUUAGACCUCACUCCCCUAUUAUAACAUGUCUUAAAUAUUAGUGAAGGAAAUGUUUGACAACGUAUUUUACCAACAUUUGAAUAGUUUAAUAAUUAGCUAUCAGUAUUAAUUGAAUAACACCCAUAGUCAGGAUUCGUUAUGGCAGCAGCAGUAAAUUAAAAUAUGAUGCCCAGUGGAUUUUCGGUUCUGGAAUAUAAGUCCUCCUUUUUUUUAUUUUCCGUGUGCUCCAUAAAAAUGUUAUUCUAUACAAAGAGAAUUAUCACACAAAUCUGACUUACCUUUAUGUCAUGUUUUUAAAACGUAAUGCCAGGGAGGGGGGAGUAGCAGCCUCAACGUCACUGUUAGCUCUUUGUGAUUGGAUAGUAAAGAUGGAUGCUGUGAACCAAUAGGAUACAGGACUGUACAAAGGGAUCUACUCCAUCCCCCAUUCAGCCUCUCCACAGUAACCCUCACAGUGCUCAGAGCUGGAGAGGAGAUGUGUCAUCCGAAGGUGUCUGGAAUUGAAGCUUUUGUUUUUACCAAUUUUACAAGGAUUUAUUCAAAACAGAAUGCCCAUUGUGGCGGUGGAAUUAAUGUUGAGCUGGUUAUGUGACAAUUCCUCGAUGGGAAAAAACGUAUUCUAACGGAUCGGGAUAACAAAGAGAA